UACCUAACCGCUCAUCAUGCAGAAAGAAAAGCAAAAGAUGAAACCGACUGGUGCUGCACACACACACACACACACACACCUCCUCCUCCUCCUCCUCCUCUUCACUGUGUGUUGCGCUCGGGCAGGAGGCAGCUCAGUCAGUCAGUCAGAUGGAGACUCCGGAAAGUCUCGCAUUUCCGCGACACAGCGCUGACUGCGUUUGUCAACAUGAGCAGCGCGCACCCUGAGGACACGGUCGGGUCGGUCUCACCACACCUGUCGGCUCGUUCCAACCGCUGUGAUUGGUGGUCAGCGUGGCUCGCGAGCGGCACCAGAACAGGCGCGCGUGGUAAAGCGACCCAACUCCAGUGACGCCCUGCUGAAGAGAUGAAGACAAACGACGACCUGCAGAUUAAAAGCUAUGAUGAAUGGACACAUCAGGACACACAAACUCCCGUAGGUGAGGCUUUGAGAGAGUAAUUUCCCGUCUCCUUUUUCCUACAUGCCGACUCUUCUUCAAUGUCAGCAUGCCGCUAUCGGACUGCAAAUAUGGGACCAACCCCCAAAAGGACCACAAUUACUGCCUCCACAGCUUGCCCAUGGCUGAAGACUAUCACGGGAAAAAGCCUGUCAGGACAUUUUUUGACUUUAGGCACCUGAAUGUGUCUGAAAACGUGGACGUUAAGUCGGCUCCCCUGUUGUCACUGACGAACCUGCGGAGCAUCUCGAAGGUCAAAGUGGUCAGCUUCCUGAUGGGCUUGACGCUGACGUUCCUCAUCAUGGCCUCCUACAUCCUGACGUGGGACAAGAAGGGGCUUUUGUUCACCCCCUCGCCCGAUCAGUUCAGGCCUGUGGUCAUCCUCACCAGCGCGACAGCAGCUGAAACCUCCUCCGAAAAGAAUUUAAUAGACAUGAAACUGCUGGUGAGGCUCAUCGGCUCCAAACUGGAAUACACACCCAGGAAGGUGCCCGAUGAAAAGGAUGUCAUCGAAACGGACUCACAUUUAUUCUCUGUGAUUCCUCGUCAUUUCAUGCCUGGCAUCAAGAGCCCUUGCUGGUACGAGGAGUUCUCUGGUGAGCUCAGUGCUGAUCUGUACAAGAGGAACCUCUUUACUCAGCGCUCAAAGAGCUUCAAGACAGUCUGUGACCGCCUGAGGACUAAUUUCCAGCAGCACUUACACCACAGAGACGGAAAACACUUUCGUCUUCGCUGUUUGCCGUUCUUCUAUAUCAUCGGUCAACCAAAAUGUGGCACGACCGACUUGUUCCACAGGCUGCUGCUGCAUCCGGAGGUCAAGUUCAACACGAUGAAGGAGCCGCACUGGUGGACCAGGAAACGCUUUGGUUAUAUCCGUUUCAAAGACGGCUUCCAGGAAAGUUUUCCUGUGGAAGACUACCUGGAUCUGUUUGACUUGGCAGCUCAGAACAUUCAAGACGAAAUCAGUGGAAAUUCAUCUGGAGACCACCGCUCACUGCAGUUCAUAACAGGUGAAGCCAGUGCAUCCACUAUGUGGGACAAUCAAGCCUGGAGCUAUCUUCCCCGAGACGGGGAGGAGACAGAGCCUCCGUUCCUGGCUCAGGACUUCAUCCACAUGGUCCAGCCUGAUGCCAAAAUCAUCAUCAUGCUCAGAGAUCCAGUUGAGAGACUUUAUUCUGACUACCUGUACUUCAAGAUGGCCAACAAGUCAGCGGAGGACUUCCAUCAGAAGGUCGUAGAGUCUGUGCAGUUGUUUCAGUCCUGCCUGUCUGAGAGGUCCCUCCACUCCUGCGUCUACAACACCAGCCUCUACAACGCCAUGCCGGUGAGGCUCAGUUUGGGGAUGUACAUCGUCUUCUUGCUGGACUGGCUGACAGUUUUCCACAGGGAGCAGAUUCUAGUUCUUCGACUGGAGGACUACGCAGCUAACCUGAAAGUGACCAUCAGGAAGGUGUUUGAUUUUCUGAGUGUUGGUCCGAUAUCAGAGAGGGUAGAAGCAGCACUGUCCAAACGUCCCAUGUCCAACACUCGGCGGGCGGCAGACAGAAACCUGGGUCCAAUGCUUCCAGUCACCAGAGACCUCCUGAGGGCAUUUCACCAGCCCCUCAACCAUAAACUGGCCAGUGUGUUGGAUAACAAGGCCUUCCUCUGGAGAAAAACCUGAAGAAGAACGAGCAUGGACUGAAUGUGGGCGGAUAUGAAUGAACGCCUAUUGGGAGUAAAUAAUUUCACCUAGAUAUUUGUAAAUGGGAUCAUAUGAAGCUCUGAAAAAGUGUUUGGGUUGUGUUUGUGAUAUUUAUUUGCUUUUGGAAGAAUGUGAGUGACUCAUUAAAUCAAGUUGAUGAUAAUAAAGUAAACUGAAUUUGUUUUUUAAUGUUUUUAGGGUGGAAAAAUUGUUUUAGUGCUGCUGAAUCAAAGCCCAAGGCAAAUCUAGGGAAAUUAUUGAAGAACAUAAUGAAACCUGAGAUAUUUCAUCACCAAAAGUGUCUCACUGUCAGUACAAACUAUUAUAGCAAACAGUUAAACCCACAAAACUUGAACAAUUGCAACGGUGAUCAAAAGAGUUGCAC